UCCAGGCCUGUUUUGGUGUGAGUUCCGACCACCGUUUCCAAAGUUCCAGUUUCACGCAGAAGAAGUCGAUCAAAGCAGCGACGACGGAGCCUCUAAAAACGGCGUUUGGACCAUUCGACCGUCUGUGAACCCCUCGUUUUAAUCCCUGCCGAAACAACUCUAUCUCUCUCUCUAUAUAUAUAUAUGAAAGCUCAUUCGAGUUUGAAGUCUGUAUUUCUGCUAAUCGUCUUCGUAUUUCUGGGUUCAGAGGAAUGCAAUAUCAUUGCUGAUUCUUGGACCCCUCGAUCGUUGGCGUAGUAGAAUGACAAAUUGGAUACUUUAGGUUUAAUUUCUCGGAAGUUCGAUCCAUCAGUGAUGUUGGGAUUAUUUGCAUCAUAUUCAAUGCGUUCAUUGAUGGUAUUAUGCUCUAUUCCAAAUUUUGUGAAAUGAGAACUCCAGGUUUAUUAGAAGGUUUAUUUAUGGGGUUGGAAUGUGAAAACACCCAUUCAUAAUGCAUAAUCUUGAAUGACUAAAUGAACUCCUGCAUUUGCUUAGGGCAAUGCGUCUCCCAAUAACUUUUUCCAGUUUGAAACUACCCAACUGGUUUUUAAGGAUAAAGGAGUCAUCAUAUAGUGAGAAAUGGCAAGAGGUAUUUUCCCACUACAAUGGAAUGAUGAAAGCUGGAGUUCAACUGACAGACCCUUCAUUGUUUCCUCCCAUUCUUAAAGCAUGCUUAGAAUUGUCCUGUAGACAUGGAUUGUCAAUUCAUGCUUGUUUGGUAAAACGGGGAUUCGAAUCAUUCACUUCUAUUGGAAAUUCUGUCAUGGACUUUUAUGUGAAAUCUGACGCCUUGGAUUCUGCAAUGCGUGUUUUCAGUUACAUGAGGAACAGAGACUCUGUUUCAUGGAAUAUAAUAAUUCAUGGGCACCUGGACCUGGGUGAUUCUGUGGAAGGAUUGUUGUUGUUUAAGCAAGGUAGGGUUGCCGGAUUUGAACCGAACACUGCAACUUUAGUGCUUGUAAUUCAGGCAUGUCGUAGUGUCAGAGCUAUCCGUGAAGGAUUGAAAAUACAUGGUUAUAUAAUUCGGAGUGGGUUUUGGGCUAUUACUUCAGUUCAGAAUUCCCUUUUAAGUAUGUAUGCUUACAUUGAAAUGGAGUUUGCAAGUAAAUUGUUUGAUGAGAUGUAUGACAGAGAUGUGAUUUCUUGGAGUGUGAUGAUCGGGGGUUAUGUGCAGAGUGAGGAAGAUCAAAUUGCUUUCUGGUUAUUCAGAGAGAUGGUAUAUAACUUUGGAGCUGAAGUUGAUGCACAAACAAUGGUAAGUGUACUGAAGGCCUCCAAUAAUUUACGGGAUAUUAGUAUGGGAAGAUUAGUCCAUGGAUUUGUAAUUCGAAGAGGUUUCAAUAAUGAUUUGUUUGUUGGAAACUCUUUAGUUGAUAUGUAUUUCAAGUGCAAUGAUGCUGGUUCUGCCUUUAAAACUUUCAAUGAGAUGCCUAGAAGAAAUAUUGUUUCAUGGAAUUCUCUCUUAUCUGGUUUUGUCGGUAAUGAGAAGCAUUCAGAAGCUCCAAUGAUAUAUGCUUCAAUGAGGAAGGCGGGAUUCGAGGCUGAUGCAGUGACUCUGGUUAAUCUUCUUCAAACAUGCAAGCAUUUUGUAGAUACCUCUCAGUGCAAGUCCAUCCAUGCCACAGUAAUUCGGCGGGGAUACGAACUAAAUGAAUUGGUGAUGAAUUCCUUAAUCAAUGCUUAUGCAAAGUGCAACAUCAUUAUGCUUGCAUGGAGGUUAUUCAAUCAAAUGAAGAGAAGGGAUACAGUUACAUGGAGUACAAUGAUAGCGGCGUUUGCCUAUUGUGGCAUGCCUGAUGAAGCUAUUGCAGUCUUUCAACAAAUGUAUUGGGUACAUGAAAAGCCCAACAUGGUUACCAUGUUAAAUCUUCUUGAGGCAUGUUCUGUUUCUGCUGAACUAAAACGAUCGAAAUGGGCUCAUGGCAUUGCAAUUCGAAGAGGCUUGGCAGCAGAGGUAGCAGUUGGAACCGCAAUUCUAGAUAUGUACUCCAAAUGUGGGGCAGUAGAAGCCUCAAGGAAGGCCUUUGACCAAAUUCCCAAAAAAAACAUUGUGUCAUGGAGUGCCAUGAUUGGUGCGUAUGGUAUGAAUGGGUUUGCAAGCGAUGCCCUAGCUUUGCUUGCUGAAAUGAAAAGUCAUGGUCUAAAACCAAAUCCAGUAACAAUGCUCUCAGUUUUAUCUGCAUGUAGUCAUGGUGGGUUGGUGGAGGAGGGCCUCGCUUUUUUUGAAGAGUUGGUUCAAGAUCGUGGGACAGAACUGGGAUUAGAACAUUACUCGUGCAUGGUGGACUUGUUUGGACGGGCUGGGAAACUUGAUAAUGCAAUGGAUUUUAUCAAAAAAAUGCCUGAAAGAUUGAAGCCAGGUGCAAGUGCAUGGGGAGCACUUUUGAGUGCUUGUAGAAGCCAUGGGAACAGUGAGCUUGGUGCAGGAGCCGUUUCUCGUGUUCUUGAACUGGAGCCAUCAAACUCGGCAGGGUAUCUGCUUGCAUCAAGCAUGUAUGCUGCUGCAGGAUUAUGGAAUGAUGCUUCAAGGAUGAGAUGGUUGGUGAAGGAGAAAAGGGUAGGAGUGGUGGCUGGUUACAGCCUGGUGAAUGUUGAUAAUAAGCCAUGUAGAUUUGUUGCAGGAGAUAAAUAUCAUCCAUUGAGUGAUGACAUUUGCCUUACUGUUGAGCAGCUGCAUUCGUGUAUGAAGUUGGAUGAGAGGAACAUUGAGGCUGCUUUCGCAUGGUAGAUAUAUUGUCAGCAUUGUGGUUCAAUUAUUUACAUAUCCCUCUGUUGAAAAGAUUGGUAAAACCAUCACUAUUGCUUGCAUGAUCUGAGUACAUGAGGUUGACAUUGCUUGAAAAGUUUGAUCGCACCUCCUUAUGGCUUCGUGGUAUAUUUGGUGCAUUCCUUGAAGUUUAAUAAGAUUGUUGUAUUCUCUCUCCACUCGGCAUUUCAGAGGGAGUAAAAUUAUGCCCGUAUCUGUCUCUGAAUAACAUCCAAAGAGAAACAGAAAGUGUAGUACAGAGAGAUUGAUAUGGGGAUUUGCUUUGCUUAUCUUUCUAGUAACCAAAGCCCUAACACUACUGGCAAUUUAAGUUCAGGGGGAUGAAAAGAGUUCCGACCACCGUUUCCAAAGUCCCAGUUUCACGCAGAAGUCGUCGAUCAAAGAAACGACGACGACGACGACUGAGCCUCUCAAAACGGCUUGGGAGUGUGAGUCCACUGGUUGAGAAGUACUGGCUUCAACGGUAUGAUUUGUUCUCGAGAUACGACGAGGGCAUCAAAUAGGACGAAGAAGGAUGGUUUUACGUUAUGCCUGAAGUGAUUGCCGUCAGGCACGCCCACCGGAGUGCCGUCAGGCAACGCCAUUCAAUUCGCUAAAAUGAAUGUGCUAAUUUUGAGAGAAAUCGAGUGCUAAAAUGCAUGAACAUUUCGGACCAAUGCCAUACAGGGAUCAUCCGAUUUGUAAGGAAAUGAUUUGAGAGUGUACUGUUGAUAAGUAGUUAUGUACUCUAACUACACUCACGAUGGUUUCAUAGCAUCGAAUUGAAGUCAUUUGAACAAAAAUUAGUUUGAAACAUGAACUGCUGAUUCCAAUUCUAACUCCAAGGUGUUGUCAUGUUGUUACUAUCGACAUUGAUCCUUGAAAAGUUGAACUGGCAGUUAACAAUGCAAAGAUAUAUGGUGUCGAAGAUUAUAUUGAUUUCAUUAUCGGAGACUUUUUCCAACUUGGACCUUCCCUGAAGGUAUUCAUUGUUUCAAGUUGCACAAAAUAUAACAUCUACCAUCAUUAUGGUCUUACCUCGAAACAUGAACAUACACCAAGUGGAAGAACUUUCUUGGCUGUCUUCCCCUCCUCUAAAUGUUGAGAUUGAAGAAAGUUACAUUCAGAGCAAUUUAAAGGGCAUGACUGUCUAUUUUGGUGAAGCUGCAUUUGAGCAACUUCGAUUAUUCUAAACUUUCUCAAGCUGAAGCCUUCUGUUGAUUGACUCAACAUGUCUCCACAUACUCUGUAAGGGUUAGAAGAGAAAGGGCAGGAGGAUGUGGAGGUGAGUGACCUCGAACACCUUAACUGUUUGAUAAUAGAAAGAAUUAGCUGAAGGGUUGGUUGGUUUUGGUUGUGAAACUUGAAGGUGCAUUUGUUGAAUAUCUAUGGGUUGAUUUUAUUUUCCUCAGUUGAACCAAGUCCUGUAUAUUCAAUGAAAUCCAAUAGGUGGAGUUAUGUAAAUUAAUUACUGGAUUGAGUUAAUCCGAGGGAGUGUUUUUUUUAGGAUGCCACUAGAUUAAUCUUGUUUUUGAAAAUUCCCUAUUAUCAUUCUAAUCACAAAUUUGGAACAUUCACAAAUAAGAUUCUAUUUAUUGUAAUGUGCAAUUGUGAAACAUUAGGGUGAUGCUGCAAAAUUUGAAAUUUUAUAGUUUGGAUUGGCAGUUUAUCCUUGUUUUAGGUCCUAUACCACUGAAAAGAGGGAAGGGGUGGAAGAAAAAAAAAAAUCUGACCGAAUGAGAAAAAUGAUUUAUUUUUCCCCGUCAGACCCUCCCAUAAAAGGAUUCAGUUUUACCACAUUUUCUAUUCCUUAUGAACUACCUAUAAAAAUUCCAAAGAAUGUUUGAUGUGUAUAAAAAACCUGACACGGAGAUUUGAUACCAAAAUAAAAAAUAAAAAAUUCUUUCUAGUUUUAACUUGAGCAAUCAAGUAUGAAAUCUUUCUGCUGUUUUAUUUAUCACGCAACUCAAGCAUACAAAACUGUGUUAGCCAAAAGGUUAAAAUGGAUUUGGGGUACAUUGUUUCUUUUUCCAAUUCCUAAUAGAUGUAUUUCCUCCCUUCAAUAUAGAGUAGUCAUUUCUGUUCCAAAACGUUUUUGUCAGAAAACAGUAUAUAAUUUAAUAU